AUGGCAUCUACCUCAAGGCUAGAACAGCUCCGGGACCACCUAUCGAGUCUGGACCCGAAGAACUCCUUGGAAGGGGUUUCGUUCCACUACGAUACAGCCAAUGAGCUCGGUUUCAACCCCGGCGACCCAUUCGACUUCUUCGUCGCCAUUCCAUUCGGCAAAUGGUCUAACAAAUUACCUCCACUGCCUAAUGUCGUUGCAGCUGCUGUUUCGGAGGCUUUAACAAAUGGCAUGAUCUCAAAGAACAUAUCGAUCGGCCAAGAUGGAUCUAAGUGCAUGUUCAUCGACUUGCUCACCCUUGCAUCAUUCCACUCCACUUUCUUCACCAAGGGCAUCAGUCCGACUCUGAAAAAGCUCGUCAACGGUCUCCCAAGCGAUGUGACGCCAGUCAUCCGUCUGCUAUGCGGCGACAACGCCACGACUGCAGAUCAAUUCGGGGACGCUGGUAACGAAUCCGGGUGGAACAACUACAAGCAGAUAUUUUGGUCUGAUAAUCAGCCCUCCAUCACGCACCCAAAGGCCGAGCUUUACAUUGGUUUUUACAACCCGGACUUCAAGUUCCAGCCAGGAGGCAGUGAGGCAUGGGUGAAGAAGCUCCAAGCCGAGCUCAAAGAUUAUCUGAGCAACUCGGCUUUAUCCGGCUAUCCAUGGGUCAUCGACCUGGCUACGGCUCUAGUCAGCAAGGGCCUGCUACCUCUCGCCAAGGUCGCCGAGAGUAAAGGGCUUCCGGCUCUCAGCUGGAACCACGCAAAAGUCACGGCGGUCAAUGGUACUGCGAUGACCACGGGAGGUGCGAACCUGUGGGACAGCUCUGGCGAUACCCAGGUCGGAACAUUCGACUCCAUGGUCAAGAUCAGAGGUGAUGCAGCUAUUGAAGCCCACAAAUAUGCCGAUGCUCUCUACUUAUACAAUAUUCCUUCCGACGACAACGCAUCGUUCCGACAUUUUAUCAAGCUCUCAGGGCCGACUCCGACAGGGGCGGAUAGCUUUCAGGCAGAUACGGUUCCUCUUUUUGGCAACACCAAGCAGUCGGUGGAGAACAAUGGGUCGCAAACAGUUUUGACUACCAGUAACGUGGGCGGUCGGCUUCCCGGAUCUGGUAAACAUCGAUACCCUAUCCUGGUCUUGAACAUAGUCAAAGACAUUCUUCUGCAAUUGGUGUACAUGCAGACCACAAAGGCCUUCAACCCCUCGAAUGGCGCAGCACCUGACUUGAAGGUGAUGAACACCGUCAUCGAUGUGUUGAACGAUCAACCCAUCCUCCCGUACAUGCAGCGGUUCAACCUCAGCCCAGCUGAAUGGGCAAACAAAGCCGCCCGUUUCCACGCCAUUGAGAGUGCGACGAGCAAUAUCACACUCGCCCAGGAAAUAUUUGUGGAACCAUUCUUGCAAGGCAAUCCAGGCGCCGGUACCAUCAAGCAGUGGCUCAGCUCCAAGCUUGGCCUCGACUGGGACGAGUACGUGGUUCCCUACGAUGUCAUGCAGGCCAUGUGUAAGGGUCUGCUCAACAUUGUUAAGAAUCAUCCGCAAGACAAGAGCUUCGGUAUGCACAUCUUGCUCACCACGAAGGAUGCUGGGGGAGGCUAUGGGGAUCCGUACUCAUGGGAAAUUUUCCGGGAGAUUCUGACCGGCCUCCUCGGCGCACAAGAAUUGCCGUCUGGUACAACUGCUGCGGGAAUUAUUCAAGACCGGGUCCACUGCAAGAGAAUUAUGCACAACGAUAAUCGUUAUGGCCAACACAGCAAGAUUGUCUGUGUGGAUAGGGAGCUUCUGUAUGUGGGAAGCGACAACAUUUAUCCAUCUUACAAUGAGCAACAUGGUGUCUGGAUCGACGAUAAGAAAAACAUUGAGGCAUGGUACAGCCAGUACUUCGAUACUACGUGGCAAAACGGAGCAGAUAUCGUCGACUAG